AUGAGUGUCGACAAGUCGGCAUUGACAAACGAUGCGGAUGAGUCAAGAAGCGCGUCGUCCGCAGCGUGCGACUCGAAUCUUGGGGGCAAGACUACUCCGGCAAGGCAGAGGCUACGGCCGCUGGCCGAGGGCCUGGAGGGUACGAUACAGACGACGUCAACGCACAUUGGUGGUACGUUCCACAUAGAGGUCGACGAACGCUUGGCCAGCAAGGCUCGCGGGUCUAGCCGCAACAUCAUUCACAAGACGCGCGUGUUUGGCCAAAGUCAUUGGGUCAACGGCGUCUCAAUGGUUCUGCAAAUCCCCCCGGUCCUGGAAUCAGAAUUACGGAGAGACACAUUGGGCAUAUCCUCAAAGCUUCAGAAAUGUAAAGCCCUGGCCCGAAUUAUCAAGUCGCGCCGCACACCUGCCUGGCCAACCCCGCCGACGAGAGAACUGCCACCCAAGGAGGUAGCCGACGAGCUCGUCGACUGCUACCUUCGCACAUCAGAGCGCGUAUACCGGGUCGUACAUAUCCCGAGCUUCAGGCGAGACUACGAUGCGCUGUGGACGCCGAGCCUGGAGACGUGCAGUAACGAAGGGUUCAUCGUGCAGCUCAAGCUCAUCCUCGCCAUCGGAGCAACCACCCACGACGAGGGCUUCCGUCACCGCGAGUCGGCCACACGCUGGGUGUACGAGGCCCAGACAUGGCUGUCGGAGCCCGGCCUCAAGUCGCAGCUCAGCAUCCGGGCCCUGCAGACCAGCGUGCUGCUCCUCCUCGCGCGGGAGAGCACCGGCGUCGGCGAGACGCUGGUCUGGACGGCGGCCGGGUCGCUGCUGCGCACCGCCAUGUACAUGGGCCUGCAUCGCGACCCGGCGAGGCUGCUCCCCGGCGUGUCGUCGCCGCUCGACGCCGAGAUGCGCCGCCGGCUGUGGAACACGAUCCUCGAGCUCGAGCUGCAGUCGAGCAUGGCCUCGGGCGGGGCCCCGCUGCUGUCGCUUCUCGACUUCGACACCCGUCCGCCUGGCAACAUGGACGACGAGCGGCUCGAGGAGGCCGAGGAACCGGUCGCGCAGGCAGACGGUGAGCUCACGCAGACUUCGGUGGCGAUUGCGCUGCGUGGGACCUUUGCAGCGCGUCUGGCCGUCCUCAAGUUUCUCAACGACGCGAGCUCGCCUGGUACGUACGUCGAGGCUCUGCGCCUCGACGCGGAGCUCCGGGACGUGUACAAAGCCGUGCGUCGGACGUUACAGGGAUACGGCUCAGAUAUUUCGUCAUCGUCGUUGGGCGUGCACUUUGAGAGUCAGUUCAUCGACAUCCUACUACUCCGCUAUCUCUCGGCCUUGCAUGCGCCCUUCUUCGGGCCCUCGUUGCACAACCCGGCCGAGUACGCCUUCUCGCGGCGCGUGGUGACCGACUCGGCGCUUAGGAUCUGGUCUGCCACGGGUCUUUCAGAUGAUGCGACUGCGGCGGUGGCUACGCACUCUGCAAGCCAGACUACAACGACGACCACAUCGUCGUCGUCAUCGUCGUCGUCGAGUGGCCGCCGAGACAUGGCCCGGUUCGUGACAAACGGAUCAGGCUUCUUCCGCACAACCGUGUUCCAGGCCGGCACCCUCGCGGCGCUCGAGUUGCGCGCCCAGCUGCAAGAGCAGGAGGACACGCCCGGGCCAACGCUCGUGCGCGGCGACCUACUCGCCGUCAUGCGCGCGUGCAAGGCCUGGAGCAUGCGGUGCAUCGAGGCCGGCGAGACCAACGUCAAGGGGUACCUGGUGAUGAGCCUCCUCGCGGCGCAGGUAGACUGGUACCUCGCCGCCUCCGGGAACGACGAGUCCGCGGGGCCCACCUCCGUCGGGAAUGAUGAUGAAGGUGCCGGCUCGCUCCCGAGGCGGCUCGUCGAGGCCGCGGCGGAGACCGAGGACGAGUGUCUCGCCGUGCUGGAGGCGAUGGUGGCGCCGGGCGGGCCGACGGCACAUGGCGGUUGCGGCGCCCACGGCGCCUCUUUGUCGCCGGCGACGCCGUCGAUGGAUCUGAUGAGCGAGUGGGACUCUCUGAUGACGGACGAUGCGCUCCUGGGCAGCAACAGCGGCGCGUUUCAAUUUCUCUGGGGCGUAUGAAUGAGUCUGAAGGCAACAUCUAUGGCUUGUCGCUGCACUCGGCUGGAGCAUCGUCAGCAGCAUCAUUGCAGUGAGGGAACGUGGCUGCCACCAAAGCCAUGAGAGCCAUCCCGUUCUUGGCCCGCGACGUUGGCUUCAUCAUGACGAAGUCGCAUCUACACCCCCUCAUCGCCCUCGCAGCCUCGCCCCUCCUGCUCGCGUGAGCACUUCAGGGGUAGCACCUGCCCACCAGCAGAUCGUCACUUCCUGGAAAUAGCCUCCCAUGUCGUCGGGAGGGGACCUGCAGCAAUACGCACCGCAGCGUCUACCGUGCCGCACGCGGGCCCACCAGGGAGUGCAUGGGGAGGGGACGUGAUGCAGCGGAAAGAUGUGUGGAAUCCAAAUCUAGCUUCCGCGCGCGGCUCCUCAUCAGCGGCUCCCCUUUCUACCGAUGGUUCCCUCCCCCCCUCCCCCUGCGUGAGCCCAGCUCCAGCUUAUUACCGAUCCCACCCGUGGUCGCCGCAACGCCGCAACUGGCAAAGAAAAGGGGUCUGGAGAAAGGGGGGGAAUGCAGCCGGCCGCCGCCGCCGCAGCCUCCUACGGGAACCCGCAAAAGGUUAAAAAGGACAUUGAAGGUUCGAGUUGUCGUGUGCUUGGGAAUUGAUGAGGUAGCCACAUACCCCGUGGGGUGAGAAACAGCGCCCGCUGAGUCCUCCAGAUGGGCUCCUAUGUUUAUGCUGUCAAUACGUAGGACGAGUAGCAGGCGGAGAUAAUAACUGUGACCUUCAAAGUGACUUGUAGGAUAUAGAUAGAACGCGAUGUACCUUGAUCGGGCU